AUGCCCAAGGAAGCGGCGCCGCUCGUGUUCUAUCCUGGCCACGGCUACCUCCGGGCGCCACCGUCGUCGUCCCGCAACGUUUCGGUGACGACGACGACGACGGAACGAGCGGCGUGCCACGACCUUCGCCUCUGGAGGAUGUUUACGAGCGCGUUCGCUCGGGCCAAGCACAUUGACCUGACGCACACCAUGUCACCCGAGACGCCCGUGUGGUCGGGCUUCCCGACGCCGCCGGCGCAGUUUCGGCGUGCGACGAACGCGACGUCCGGCGAGCCGUAUACGUGGGCAGCGGACGGGUUUGCUGGUAUGGACUACCGGUUUGAGACCGACCAGUUUGGCACGCAACUGGACCCGCCCGCGCACUGGCACCCGGAUUAUGCAGCGAUUGAUGAGCUCCCGCCGACGUUCGCCGUGCGCCCGCUGGUCGUGCUCGGUAUUGUCGACAAGGUCAAGGCCGAUGCUGGCUACCAGCUUCAAGUCGCCGACAUUUUGAGCUGGGAAAAGACGUUCAAGACGAAGAUUCCGAGAGGGGCGGUCGUCUUUGUCCGCUCCGACUGGGCCAAGCAAUGGGGCGUCGUGCCACCGCAGGAGCUUGCGGCGCAGUUUCCGUUUCCUGGGCAGUCGUUGGCGUCGGUGCAGUUCCUCCAUCUGAACCGCUCGAUCCUCUUCCAUGGGCACGAACCACUCGAUACGGACACGAGUCCGACGCUCGAGUCGGAGGCGUGGCUCCUCCAGAACGGCUACACCCAAGCCGAAGGCGUCGCGGACCUCGACGGUGUGCCAGAGACGGGCUGCCUCGUGCAGAUGGGCUUCCCCAAACUCCGCGGUGGCCUCGGCGGCUACGCUCGCUACAUUGCGAUCUGCCCGCCAUCGACGCGCAUCGGUGUCGCCAUCAACGCCGGCGCCGAAACCCCGUUGCCCAAGCAAGCCAAGCUCUUGCGUUACGUCGAGGGCCAGGGGUACCUCCGCGUCUAG